GAGAAAUAACAGCGCAAAGCACAUUUAACAAAACCCUUUCAUUAUUCAUUGGCGUCGAGUCAACUAUUGAGUGUACGCGGAAUUUUUCAAGCCAGUUAUUUCUAGUAUGCUGAUUCGCGUCAAAGGGUGUACGUGAUUGACAUACCUCAAUACUUUUCCCCAAGGUUACAAUCAGUUUAUACAAAAUACAAGUUGUCUGCUUUCUUUCUUUCAGGCUUUUUCUUUUCUGUGCUUUCUCAUUUGAUGUACAUCACGUUCUCGUUCAAUCCUGUUGUGUAUAAAAGCUCCAGAUUUUUCAUCCAAGUUCGCAGUUGAACUCCUCUUCUGUAAACCUACACCAUGACCGGAUUCCGUGCUUGUCUUCUCCUGGCUCUGGCCAGCGGAGCCAUUGCUGGCUACGUCCAAGGCGGUCUCGGCUACGGCCACGGCCUCGGCUACUCUGGCCUCGGUUACUCUGGUCUCGGUUACUCCGGCCUUGGCUACUCCGGCCUCGGCUACUCUGGCCUUGGCUACUCCGGCCUCGGCUACGGCCAUGGUCUUGGCUACGGCCACGCUGUUGGUCUUAGGAACGGCUACGGCUACUCUGGUCUGACCGGCUACAGUGUUGCUGCCCCAGCCGUGAGCCGCACUGUGGCCACUUCCUACCACGCCGCUCCAGCCGUUGCGACCUACGCCGCUGCUCCAGCUGUCGCCUCCUACCACGCCGCUCCAGUUGCCACCUAUGCGGCUGCUCCAGCUGUCACCAAGGUCGCUACCUACCAGACUGCUCCAGCUUUCGCCAGCUAUGCUGCUGCCCCAGUUGCCACCUACGCUGCUGCUCCAGCCGUGACUAGGGUGUCCACCGUCCAUGCUGCUCCAGCUGUCGCCACUUAUGCCGCUGCUCCAAUUGCCACCUAUGCCGCUGCUCCAGCUGUUACCAAGGUCGCUACCUACCAGACUGCUCCAGCUUUCGCCAGCUAUGCCGCUGCCCCAGUUGCCACCUACGCUGCUGCUCCAGCCGUGACUAGGGUGUCCACCGUCCACGCUGCUCCAGCUGUUGCCAGCUACCAGACUUACCACGCUGCCCCAGCUGUCGCCACUUAUGCCGCUGCUCCAGCCGUGACUAGGGUAUCCACCGUCCACGCUGCUCCAGCUAUCGCCAGCUACCAGACCUACCACGCCGCUCCAGCUCUGGCUUCCUACGCCCACGCUGCCCCAGUCUACGGAUAUGGCGUUGGUUCUCUCGGCUACGGCGCCGGCCACUUUGGUUACGGACAUGGGCUCGGCAGCUACGGUCUGAACUACGGAUACGGUCUUGGCACCUAUGGUGACUACACCACCCUCCUCCGCAAGAAGAAGUGUAAGUUUAUGCAGAUAUAUUUUCCAACCUGA